CCGUAGGGUUAGUGCCUGCCCUAUACACGUAUUUGGGCGGCAAUAGCCAGUGCCCACCUAUGCACUACUGCGCAAUGUAUGCAGCAGCGUUGAUGCACAACCGCCGUACACUUGACUCUACUGAAAGACGUUACACAGUUCAGUAGAGUCGGUGUACGACGGUUAUGCAUCAACGCUGCUAUGUAAUCCUAUAAACAUGCGCGCUGAUAUACGCUUCGCUGGUAUGGCAUGCGGUUGUAUGCGAGUGAGCGCAGUGCACUGCGUGACCACUGGGCACACUGCUCUCUCUCGGUCCACUGUCUUGCAAGAAUCUCUGCGCAUUUAAUAAUUGUAAACAUCAUAUUAUGCACAGCAUAUACGUUGCACACAGAGAGCACCUCAGCUGGCUGACCGAAUGGAUUUUGAUCUGGUGCAGUCAGUCAUCCGUGGAAUGCUCUGGAUUUUGAUGCAAGCAUGUAUACUGAUGGUACUGCAGUUUCGGUCAGCUGAUAACAAAAUACUUUCCAACAGAGUAAUUGUCCAUGCAAAAAACAAAUUGCAGAGUUCUCACGGCGCGUUAUCUUAAUGUCAUUCCAUCAGCCAGUGGAGAGUCAUACACAGAUAACGGGCAGCGCUGUCUUCAUUGGGCUAUGGUAAGUGCAAUUUAUCGCUCUUCACAAGGCAGCGCUUUAAUUUCAUGUUUGUUGUCCUGAAGUCCAAAUCGGAGAUUCUCUUUUUCCUUCAACAAUUUUACAAAUGCCUAUCGUAUUGGCGCUGCGUUAUUGAUUUUAUUUCCAACAAUAAUAAAAUGUCGCGCUUAAUUGUUUUGGUGAUUACGGUAUAUACAGGUUGUCUGGCUUUCUUGGCCGGCAGUUAUGGCCGUCAGUCGCUGCAGUCCGAUUCCUCUGCUGCACCUUGCCCGCAUUUUUGCACCUGCUAUCCUACCUUCUGGAAAUGCGGCGACAGUAAAGCAUCACUGUGGCCGUUAGACAAUCAUCCAGAUGCAAUGAUCAGAGGCGUUCGCAUGCUCGAUUUAUCAGGAUCAGAUGUGGACGUCCUGCCUAAUCAGAGCCCAACCCAUAAUUUUCCCGACCUUCAGCUCAUCAUCCUGUCGCAGACGAUUUUCGACGGCCAGCAAUGCCGCGAACUGGAAUGCCUGGAGAAUUUGGGUAUCCGAGUCAUUGCUCCUCGUUGCCCUGCAGACAAACGCACCGGAUGUGCGUAUCCGCCAUGCUGCCCAUGGGCUGCAGCAGCACGGACUCGUCCACUUCCACCACCAUCACCUACUGCCGACAAGUCUCAGUCUCCACUGCUACCAUUCAUCAACGGAGAAACCUCGACCAUUUUCAACCCUUCGCGGGAUCGGGAAUACAGCACACGGGCUAUGGCACCAUCAACAGCCGCGACCGAUAAUCUGAGCGGUAAGAGUGAUGAUGGGGAGCGUAUUGUUAUUGGUGUGGACAACACAACUCAUUCUACUGCUGCAAUUUUUCCCGUUACGCUGUUAUCGCUGCCAGCCGUUUUAACAACGUAUGCGAGUUCGAGAAAGCCGCCUAGUCAUGCGACUGCAAGUACGGGUACAUUACUUCCGCUGACUACAUCUAGUGAUUAUUACCUGCGUAAAGUAGUGGUGGUGGGCGGAUUAAGUACUGCCGGCAAAACUGCUACACAGCUACCGCCGACUACGAUAAAGACAACAUUGACGCCGUCCGCUGUUGUAACACCCACACGCGCGCCCGCCCAGCUAGAAUUUAAUUUGAUGUCGAUAUUAACCACAACCUCUUUUAUCACUGAUAAAGUGUUCGCAACGUCAUUCCCUGUCGAAUUGGUCAUGCAUCGUGAGAGUUAUUACAAGAAUAGGGAUCAGAGUAGCGAUAAUGUAGCUGUGUCAAAAAGCCCGAUAUGA